CCGGAUGCACAGUACCCUUGCAUGCAAAAUUGUAUAAUUCCAGAUGUAGUACUAAAGUGCUCACUCAAUAUUCUUACGCCAUGGAAUAGGAGCGCAAAUCUAAUGCACGGUGGCCAGGGAAACUCACUGGUCGUAUCGUAUAAGACUGCAACAUAGCCCCCCAAACUCUCCAUCACCUCUACAUCUCCCGUCCACAGCUAAAGAAUACGUCUACUACUACAACCACCACCACCACACACACUCGAAACACAAAACACUACAAAACACCACCAAAACCACAAACCAAACCAAGCAUAUUAAACGUACUUUCUACGCUCAGCAUGUCUCUCCUCACUGACUUUGAGCUCGACUCCCUCUUCUUUGAUAUAGAGGAACAUGUCACCUCCUCAUCGCCAUCAAAGCCACCCACUACAUUUCAUCAGUUUACGGAGCUUCCACCGGAACUCCGUAACGAAGUCUACAAACAAUACUUCAUAGAAUACUCUUCCACCGAGCCAGCCAUCAAAAUCAAUGCCCAAGGCGCUUUGGUUAUCCCUCCUAUCAGUGGGUCAUCACAUCAAUUCCGCACCGAAACACGAGGCUAUUUCACCUCAUACCUACACAACGGCAUCGCGAACAGCACAUUGCAAUUCAAAGCACAAGUUCGCAAUUAUGACUACAAACCUCUUCAAGCCCGCCUCUGUGCGUUGAGCGCCGAGUUGUCGGUACCAAAGCAACAUCUCGCAAACCGCACCAAGGUUUCCUUCAUUGGAACCUUCAAUUUCAACAACAUCGUGUGCUGGGUCGAUGGAUAUCUGGCUGAUUCCAUCGAGACGCCGAUAUUUGGCCGGGUGGAGCCGGAUUUGGUGACUCUACCUGGCCUGGGUGCGGUGGAAAUGUUCUCAGGUUCUAUCUCAUUGGUGGAAGCAAUUCGACGCUAUCGCUUGGAGGAAAUUGAGUCACAAAAUUCUCUCUUCUGGCGCAGAGAGGCGCUUACGUUCCUUGAACAUGCUAGCCUGAUAGGCUAUUCGACUGGGAUGCGCGAAUGGUGCGGCCUAGGGGAGGAAUUCAAUAUGAACAAUACCAACGAGGAAAUAUCGACAAGGGUUUUCGAGACUAUGGCGCAUUGGCAUCAUUUGUUGGGGGUGGGGGCGAAGAUGAAGCCGGGGAAGCAGAGGAGCCGGAUGAACACCCAUGGGGUUGAUAUGGCGAACGUUAUGUACGCCUUUUGGUGCGGGGUGAUGGGAUACCGUUGA